AAAGAAACGUGUAAUGUUUCAGCCAAGCGUGCCUUUAGUUGUAAGCCCAAGUUGAUUGGUCUCCCCGAACUAUUGAUGCGACGAUGUGCAUAGAAACUAACAUAAAUCGGUCACAAAUCGCGUUCAAGGAUAAUAUUCUUUGUCACUAAUGAUCAGUUAUAUCUGGCGCUACGUAGCUGAGGGUAUAGGGACCAGAGUUCUAAAGAACGGUGGCUCGACAUGGAUUUUCCAUCGAUUACAAUUUAAAUUUAAAAGACCAGGGCUUACAUAGACCAGCUGCCAUGAUAAAUAAAUUGGUCACUGCAUGGCUGACUCUCCUUAGUUUCACUGUCAUAAAAGCGGCUCAAGUGAAAGAAAAAAAUCCAUUCUUGGCAGCCAUCAAAUCGCCGCACUAUGUGGACAAGACGGGUUUCAUCGAGUAUUUCAACGACGCGUUCGUCUCUCCGAUUUUUUUCACAGCUCCCUCCGGUUUUGGAAAAACGACCAACUUACUCAUGCUCAAAGCCUUCUACGAGAUAAACACUUCCGAAAACGGAACCAUCUUGAAAAAGGAAGAGACAGAAAACUAUAAAAUUUUCCAAAGAGUGAGGAACAUUACUUCAGCAAGAGCCGCUCUAACACUGAUUGACGAUGAAAAAUUUUUUAACUCAAAUUUUGGAAGCUUACCCGUCAUCCAUCUUUCCUUUAAAAGCAUCCUACUCGACCCUUUUGAGGUCUUCAUAGACAGUCUAAAACAACUUAUGAUCCAGGCGUUCAAAACUCACCCUUACCUAAAAGUUUCAGAAAAACUAACGCCAGAAGAGAAAACGCUAUUCGGCAAAUUUUACAAUGCUGUGGUGCGGGGCGAUAAACACAUCGAAAACAGCGGUGGAACCCUGGCCAAACUGUUGAGCAAACACUUCGGGAAACCGUGUCUCUUACUGAUCGAUGAUUUUGACGCACCAGUAAUCAAACUAUUCACGAAUGGUUCAGCAGAUGAGGCCUACGUGAUGAAGAGAUGGACAAAUUUUAUAAACGAUCUAUUUUCGGACGAAAAGGCCGUUAACAGAAUCUUUCUGACUGGGAAAACGCGCUUGGCCGAAAUCUACACACCACCCGGCGUGAAACACUAUCAGUUCGGCCUCCACGCUGGUUUGACCAAAUUCUUCGGUGUCAAAGGACCUGAGGUGCGGGGUCUGACCAGGAACAUCUGGGUUCUGUUUCAGCUGAAUGCAUUUUACAAAGGCUUCACGGUGCCUAACACCACCUAUUGCAUAUUUGACCCAGUGACCGUGACAGAGUUUUUGGAAGGUCGUAACCAUACUCGCAUUCUUGAUUCUGUUGAGUUUCUAAGGCAGGUCCUUCAUUUUAAAGAGGUCAGAGAUAAAAUAGAACUUGCAGUUCGUUUGGAUUCAUUUUCGAUCACUGCACCGAAAGAAACCAACCAUGAGAAGUGUGUCGUUACCUUGAGGCGAAUCCUCCAGCUUGGUGGGUCCGAUCCUGAACUCGAGAUGUGUGAGGCCGAUUGGAACUGCUUGUUCUACUACCUCUUUGAACUAGGUUACUUCAGAGUUUCCACCAUGAAGGGUUCCAACCUGACACUGGACCUACCCGACGUGGCAGCUCACGAUUCUUUAGGUGCUCUACUAGAGAGGUAUUGGCUUAACCAUCUGCACACCACUAAGGUCAUCGCAUCUGACUACGUUGAGGCGUUCAUGAGUCUAACUUACAAGAACUCUACGCUGGACACGUUUGCAAACAAAGUUGCGAUGGUCUUCAAAGAGUCUCCUCAUCGUCCAAUCUCCGAGGCUGAUUUGCGGUCGCCGCUUCUUACAUUUUUGGCCACCAGAAUGCAUAAGUACCCUACUUUGCAGCUCAACUGUAGCGAGAACUCGAGUGAAGGGUACACGGACCUUCAGGCUGUUACAAAGCGGAAGGAUCACUCGGUCAAGAGGAUCGCUUUGGAGUUCAUGUAUAAUAAUUGUAAUAAAGAAAAGUUUGCCAAGUUUGUUAAGACGAAGCCUUAUUGGGAGCAAUUUAGCCCGGUCAAAAAAGAUCAGGAACAGCUGAGGUGUCUCAUCAUUGGCAUAUGUCUAAGCGAAAAAGACGAGUUUGAAUUCACGUUCGUCUAUCACAGUCAGAAGCGUGAUAACGCGUACAAGACAUUUAAGAAAAUCAAGACGUGGAAAUCAAAGAAAAGUUACACAUGAAAUGAUUUUUAAAAGACCAACACAAAAACGAUGAUAAAAUGCUGCAAAUUCUGUGAGGGCUCGAACAGGAGCUGUCAAAAUGCCGAGUAUGCAGAUUUAAGUAAAAACCCUUUAAAAAACAUAGAGAAUGCCGCUCUUAAGUUCUUAAGAGAGAAUCAUGAUUUCUGACAAUUUCAUCUUGUCAAACAGUUAUAAAACCGACAGGAAUUCAGAAUCCAUAAUUAUACUAUCUUAGUGGACGCUCAAGAUAAGGAUUUGAUGAUUUUGACUCAGAUGACCCAAAUUGGUGAUGCGCAACAUCAUUGGAAUUGUACUUCUAACUAUUCUGAUACUCCAAUAGGUUUAAUUCCAACUUACAUAGUACAUACUUUUGCUGUAUACUUAGUGCCAAUAAUUAUGCGUACAACAUCAAUUUGGGUUGUCUGAAUCAAAAUAAUCAGACCCUUUUCUUUCGUGUACCAACUGAGCAGUCUAUGUAAGCAAGAUGAGGAGGCCUAUCUUUUAGGUCCUUCAUUAGAGCGAAAACGCCAGCCCAUUCGUAAAUAUCGGAAGAUGCAAUUAUUUUAACACGCAGGAUAUGUUUUUGCCUAUUCGAUCAGAAUAAAGGCGAACAAUGCUCCUACCCAUAGAACAUGGUUCAAAUUGAGCAAUAAAGUGUGAUUCUCUUGAUUUCCAACAACUAGGCAACUGUUUCGACGCGUGGGAGCUAUUUUAGCCUACGUGUCGAAAUGACGGCAAACAAGGCUCUGUCCCGCAAACCGAGCUUAAAAGCGAUUAACUGCGAUUACUGAUUUUCCUUUCUUUGAGCGGUAAUGAAAAACACAUCCUGCGAGUGGGAGUACUUGCAUUCUCUGAUACAGACCUUUCCGCGUGCGUAAUGUUGUGUGAUGUUGUCCACAAGUUUGUAUAACUUUGACUAAAAUUUUGGUUGAAAUGAAAGACAUUAACAAAACAAACAUAAA